AUGUCAGGCUUCUGCAAUUCAGCACAUGGACCAAACGAAGUUUUUGCGACAGCUGAUGCGGAUACCGAGGUACCUGUGUCGCCACAUCCCACUAGAUUGAAAGAAAUAAUCGGAUGUGGCGACACAGGUACCUCAGUAUCCGCAUCAGCUGUCGCCAAAACUUCGUUUGGUCCAUGCGCUGAAUUGCAGAAGCCUGACAUUGUCUUCGACGAUCCGUGUGUUGAAGUGAAGAAACCGUCCGUAGAGGUAAAAUCUCCAUGCACCUUUACACGACCUUGUUUCAGACGAAGCUUUAUGCGCCGACGUUUUUCCUCGCCGUGCUUUACCAGAACAAUCACACGUACACCGUGCGUGAGAAGAACCGUAACACCAUCUUGCGUGAGAAGAACCAUAACAUCACCUUGCGUGAGAAGAACCAGGACGAUCAUUUCACAACCUUGUAGAACUAUUACAAGAACGCCAAGUGUGAGACGCUCCUUCAGUUAUCCCUGCAUCCAAAGAAGACCAUGCGUCACGAGAAGAGUUAUUAACCCAUGCGUCACCACCAAGCAACCGUUCGUACCAAAGAUAGUUGAAGAUCCAUGCAUCACCACCUUCGAGCAACCAUGCGAACCAACGAUAGUUGAAGAUCCAUGCAUCACCACCUUCCAGCAACCAUGCGAACCAACGAUAGUUGAAGAUCCAUGCAUCACCACCUUCCAGCAACCAUGCGAACCAAAGAUAGUUGAAGAUCCAUGCAUCACCACCUUCCAGCAACCAUGCGAACCAAAGAUAGUUGAAGAUCCAUGCAUCACCACCUUCCAGCAACCAUGCGAACCAACGAUAGUUGAAGAUCCAUGCAUCACCACCUUCCAGCAACCAUGCGAACCAAAGAUAGUUGAAGAUCCAUGCAUCACCACCUUCCAGCAACCAUGCGAACCAAAGAUAGUUGAAGAUCCAUGCAUCACAACCUUCCAGCAACCAUGCGUACCAAAGAUAGUUGAAGAUCCAUGCAUCACCACCUUCCAGCAACCAUGCGAACCAAAAAUAGUUGAAGAUCCAUGCAUCACCACCUCUCAGCAACCAUGCGAACCAAAGAUAGUUGAAGAUCCAUGCAUCACCACCUUCGAGCAACCAUGCGAAUCAAAGAUAGUUGAAGAUCCAUGCAUCACCACCUUCCAGCAACCAUGCGAACCAACGAUAGUUGAAGAGCCAUGCUUACCAGUUAGAACCAUCGAUCCGUGCGUUGGUGUCCGUGCGACCGCUUGUGCUAGUGCUUCGGCUUCAACAUCGAGCACUUUUGGAACUGGCUGCAACGGAGGAGUAAGAGCUUCUGCAGGCGCUUCUGCUUUAACAUCAAGCACUUUUGGAACUGGCUGCAUCGGAGGAGUGGUUUUAGAAUAG